AUGAAGCACCUCGGCAUCAAAGACCGCCACACGGUACCGUACCGCCCUGCAGGGCAGAUGGUAGAUCGGCAUAACGCAACAGUGAAGCAGUGCCUCGUGGCAUACUGCCAUGACCAUUGUGACUGGGACCAACGUAUCCCUGAAGUUUCAUUCGCAAUGAGAACUUGCGAAAGUGUGACCACAGGGUACACGCCAGCUUUUCUGUGCUAUGGGCGCCAGCUCCGCAAACCAUGGGAACAAAACCCCGGUCAACUUCCUACACCAGACAGCCGAGCUCCAGGCUUCGUGGCAGAGGUGACAUCUAGGCUGCAAGACGCACACGAGUUUGCGCUAGAGAACCAGAGAAGAGCCCAAGAGCAGCAGCGCCGCUACUACGACAGAAAUCGACGACAGUGUAACUUUAGGAUCGGUGAUCUAGUUCUCCGUGAUCUGCACACUCUAAGCGAUGCCAGCAAGGGCGUGGCGGCAAAAUUGGCACCGAGACGCUCGGGGCCAUUCGUGGCGGUGGGGAAAGUGGGGCUGAACGACUAUCGCUUGAAGGACCGCAAUACUGGACGACCAGCAGGACUGGCACAUGCUGACCAGCUGCUGAAGUUUUGUGAAGACCGGCUGAACAUUUAA